AUGGGGAACAUUGAAUCUCGUAACGAUAUUGUUAAAACUGUUCGAAAAAGAGAUAAAUCCAAUUUUUCUCGGAUCGGUCAUCCUCAUGUAAAAACUAAUAGCGUUUAUCCAGACUUUGAAAUUGCUCAAGAAUUUCCUGAAGCAUACGUUUAUGGAAUAGAUAUAAUUUCAUCCUUUCCUAGUGAUAUAAAACCAUCUAAUUGUUAUUUCAAAGAAUGUAAUAUAUCUGAUGGUUUACCAUUCAGUGACAAUGAAUUCGAUUAUGUUUUUAUGCGACAUAUGUUUCUGGCAUUAAAGAAUCAUCAAUGGGUACCACUUUUAAAUGAAAUAAUGAGAGUGUUGAAACCCGGUGGCAUUGUUGAAUUUGUAGAAUUUGAUUUAAUUCCACUAGCUAGAUCUGUAGUUGUAAUAAAUUAUGAGUUUAUUUUUUCGGCAACCGAAAUAAUUACGGUUGCUGAAAAUAUAAAAAAUGCCGUAAUGCCGUAA